AUGCUGUGGACCGUGCUCCUCGCUCUGCUGGUACUGGUGCUGCUGCAGACUCAACUGUCGGUGUGCCUGAGGGAAUUACGCUCCGGGAGCUCUACCCCUCACACCUCCUCCUCCUCUUCCUCCUCCUCCUCUUCCUCUUCUUCUGCCCUGUACAAUGGCACCCAACAGCGCCUGCCCGGGGCCAUCAUCAUCGGUGUGAGGAAAGGAGGUACCCGGGCUCUGCUGGAGAUGCUCAACCUGCACCCAGACGUGGAGGUGGCAAAAGCUGAGGUUCAUUACUUCAACGUGGAGGAGCACUACCAUCGUGGCCUGUCCUGGUACCGCUCCCAGAUGCCCUUCACCCUCCCCAGCCAGCUCACUGUGGAGAAGACCCCCGGCUACUUCUCUGCCCCCCUGGUCCCUGCUCGAGUGUGGGAUAUGAACCCAGCCGUGCGCUUGCUCCUGAUCGUCCGAGACCCCGCGGAGAGGGUGGUGUCCGACUACACCCAAGUCCUCCACAACCGGCUGACACGACACAAGCCCUACCAACCUCUGGAGGAGCUGUUACUGCAAAAGGGACACAUAAACCCUAAAUAUAAGGCAUUACAAAGGAGUCUAUACUACCAGCAUUUGACCCGUUGGCUGGAGGUCUUCCCCCGAGAUCAAAUUCACGUUGUGGACGGCGACGCGCUCAUUCGAGACCCUUUCCCAGAGCUCAAAAAGGCCGAACACUUUCUACAACUGGCUCCAAAAAUUACCCCCAGCAAUUUCUAUUACAACACAACUAAAGGUUUCUACUGUAUGCUAACUGCGGGACAUGAUAAGUGCCUGGAUGAGUCAAAAGGCAGACCGCAUGCCCCGCUAAGCACCCAGGUGUUCAAGAAGCUUUGCCACUACUUCAGGAAGCCAAACAAGCUGUUCUUUGAAAUGGUGGGUCGGUCAUUUUCCUGGUGCUGA